AUGGAAAAUGGCGCGCCGGAAAAGAAUGACGCAAAGGUCGUUGUCGUGAACCACCUUACUCGCAACGUCGUGGAGGCCCACCUCCGUACCAUCUUCGGCUUCUACGGCAAAAUCACCAAGGUCGAUCUCCCCGUAUAUGGAAAAUCGGGUCAAAACAGGGGGAAAGCGGCACUGGAAUUCGAAGAAUCGGCAGCCGCGCACAAGGCAGCGUCUCACAUGAACGGCGGACAGCUCGAUGGUGCGGUAUUGAAUGUCGAGCUCUCCGACCUUCCAGUGCGC